AUGUGUAUCAAAUAUCCAUUUACAUGCAACGCAGAACAUGUCGUACGGACAGGAGCAGCCCGAGAGGGGAGAGCAGGAGAUCCUAAUGAUACAGUGACUAUCACUACAACUGCAAUUUCUUACAAGUUUAAGGUUGUCCUACCGGUUGUUUCGAGAAGCCUGGGCAAUUUGUCAGUUGAUGUUCUUCCUAAUGGAAAUGUCGAGGUAGAAGGGAUAGUAAGAGCUGGGGAAAUAACAAGCAGUGCGGUGCCAACAGUAUGCAACAGAAGAACUCGACGGAUAUUUCCUCAAGGUCACUUCACCAUCAAUUUCACUUUGCCAGGACCUGCUGAUCCCACAUUUGUAAGGGCCAAGUUAAGCUCAAAUGGUGUUUUGAAAGGAACUGCGUUUAAAUGUCGGAUUGCUAGAUCUCAUUAUAUUGAUCCUGCCCAAGUCGUCUGA